CGCCCCCCAAAUGACUCCGCAAUCACAACAACGCAGCAGACCAAUAGGAAUCCGAGGCUGCGUCCAAAGCCGCAUACUAACUUACUAACUAGUGAGUCAAAACUGAAGGUGGCGUACUAUUUUGACAUUCUAUGUAGUAGGGCAGUAUGUGGUUUGGGACGUAGCCCAACAUUCUCCUCUCACUCUGAGAUAUGAGGGAAACGAGGCGGGCUGCUGAGGAAGCACUGAGGCGACAGAAAGUAGGUUCCUGAAGUUUAGUGCAUGGAAAUGUUGCACAAACUGCUGUUAAACCCUGCAGGAAACUUCUGACUCACCCAUAAUCACCUCAGUUUCGAUGCUAUGGACUCCAGAGGUUUACAGCACGGACAUUUUGACAGAAAGCCUAGCGGGUCUGUGGAGGUGGAUGCUAAAAGGACACAUGUGAACGCGUAGCCCUUGUGCACUUGGGCAGUGAGUUUCAGCUGAACACCAGUGGAGCUGCAGGACUAAUUUCAGCUGUACAGACAUGGACGUGUGCUGGCUGUCCAGCACUACACGGAAAACUCUGUACCAGGCUGCUGUAGAGCCCAGUGUCCAGUGAAGCUAAAGCAGGAUUGGAGUAGUGAUGGAUGAGUCGCUGAGGAAUCGGUUCUUUUUCGCGGCUUCACUGUGGACUCGCGACUGAACUGAAGGUUGGAGCGAAAAAAAUUAUCAUGGAUUUUUUUUUUAACCACACAAAGUUUAGUUUGACUUGUUGAAAUCCGACUGCCAGGAUAUUAAAGUGGUUCCACACUGUAUAUAGCAGUAACCUGGCUUGGAAACUGUAAAUAUGCUUUUAGCUUUUAGCUUUUAGCUAGACUGUUAUCACUUAAAAUGAAGGAUAUUCUCAGCUAUAAAAUAAAAGGCUGUUAAAUGAAUAAAUACAGACCUGUGAAUGUGUGUUAGGUCGAAAUUGUUGAGAUUUCGGAAUGUGCCGCGAUUCACGUAGAGUUUUGUCCUAAAGAGUCGAAUCAGUAAAGUGACUCAGUGACUAAGUGACUCAGUGACUCAGUGAAUCAGAAUGCCCAGCAGUACCUGUGUGCACACGUCCAUCCUCCCGGUGUGGAUCUGGACUGCUGGUUUAACGCUGGUGUGUUUGGACGCUUUGGCCACUGCGUCCCCAGCUCACGGUCACCGUCUGAUCUGCUGGCAGGCCAUUAUGAAAUGCCAGUCAGAACCCGCGUGCCAUUACGCGUACACGCAGUACACGCGCGCGUGCGGACCCGUCAUUAACGGACACAAGAAGAAGUGCCCGAGCCACUGCAUCUCAUCCAUCGUGCAGCUCAAUCUGACCGACAACGGCCCAGGGCUGGAGCACUGCGAGUGCGCCACGGACACGGUGUGCGUAAACGCCAAGCGCCGCAUUGAGCCGUGCAUGCCGCGGAUCAGCCGCACGGGCUGCACAGAAGCGCGGCGCGCGUGCGAGGGCGACGCGGACUGCAGCGCAGCCAUGCGGGACUACCUGUUCCACUGCCGCGAGCUGUUCGGCGGAGAACGCUGCUCGGAUCAGUGUCGGCGAGUUAUCCAGCGCAUGCGCACCGUGCCCAAGGCACGCCUGUUGGACACGUGCGAGUGCGAUGGCGCUGAGAGGACCAUCUGCGAGCACGUUAAGAUCAGCAUGAUGAGCUUGUGCUCCGACGCGCCUGAGCCCCGCGACGCGGGCAGCGGCUUUUCAGACGACGAGGACGAGCUGGACAGUGACUAUGCCACGGAGGAUUAUGAGGACGAGGACAGCGCGGGUGGAGUGUCCAGGGCGCACACAGGUUUGAUAAUGACCUCCACCUUUUUAGCCGUUACACUUCUUCAGUGAAUGUAAAAUUACAGCAAGGACUCACUGUGGGACAGAUUGGCAGUAUUUAUUGCAGGGAUGCACCAAUGUCACUCUUCAUUUCUGCUAUAAUAUCAAAGCUCCAAAGAUCAUCCCAUCCAGAACCUGGUACUGAUCUGAUACUGACUUCUGCACAGUUCCUGAAGUGACGCUCCACAAGCUUCUGCUGCACACUUGUCCCAGGAAUGAUGUGUCCUGUAUGCACGUGCCAUGUCGGGCAGCAUCACACACACUCACCGGAGAAAACAAGACAGUGAGAUUUAUAUAUAUGUAAAAGAAAUGAUGUCAAAUGUGACACAAUAGCAGUCGAGCACUUGAGGAUAGUAUCAGCCCAGCUACCAAUACUCCAAAUCAUAACCAUGUAUCCAUAAUUGAUCAGGUUUUUGGACUGGAAGCAUGACCUCUGUUAAGCGCACGUCUUUACAGGUUUGUAGUGUAAAUUGCUUGUACUCUACAGCUGCACAAUAUAUUAUUUGUGAGUUAUUUGUUAUUGCAGUAUUGUCUGCUGUGAUCAUCCCAACCACAACCCGCAUGCAUACAUGUGAACAGUAAAACUGUCAGCACAGGAAAACCCCUUUUAAAUUGGAACUUAAAGCUCUAUUCGCAUUUAUUCUUAGUUUAUUUUCAAUGCCUACAUCAAUUGAUAAUUGCUCACGCAACGAUUACAAUGCCGUCAUGCAGUCUCUGUAGUGUUUCAGACAUUUCACAUCCAGAAUCUAGGAGUUCAUUCUGAUAUCCUUCAUAUAUUAAAAAUGUCUUUCCAAAACUCCAGAUACAUCCAUAAUGCCAAUAAACAGCUAUAUAAGUAACGUGCAAAGAAAUAUCUUACAUCUGCGUAUUAGUCCCUCAUGGUCACGUGACCGAAUAUGCAUGUUACAAACACCGGCAGAGUGACUGUUUGUAAUACAGCGCUGGAACUGCUGGUGUUGGUUUGUCGGGGGUUGUGAUGAAUCACAGCAUUCCUAUUACUUGACAGACAUUAAAAUGUUGGUCACAGUGAUGCAGAUAAAUCAUUACCCCAGUCUAUCACAGAAUCACAAUACAUGGGUCAAUCGAGUGCAGCCCUGUUUACAGCUUUCUUAAAAACAAAUGAUAGACGAGUGAAAUGCUAAUAAUCAUGAAGCACCUGAAUGUCUCUGUUAAUACCACUUAGCACUGUGCCCCUUGAUAUUGAUAGUUGAGGGCUGUGCAUCGCCAGAAAUUAAAUUAUUCUGAAAUGAUAAAAGUUAUUUCAUGUAAGAUGAAGUGGAAAGGGGAGUAUUUUUGUUUCCCGGAGAGAUCUAUACACAAAAAUAACGUGUGUGCUUUUCUAUGAUGUGCCAGUAUUACAAUGUACAAAUAUUUUUGAAGAAUGAAAUUAGAAGAUGGAGUUUUGUGUUUCAAACCUGGGCAUAAAGUGUUCUGAAUGUGAAAA